AGAAGAAGAAGAAGCUCAAUGACGUCAGGUGUUUAUGAUGGAUCACUGCUGUGUUAAAGAAGCCCGGUGAACACCGGCGACUCAUCUGUUUCUUCGCUGUCAAGCUCAAUUUCGAUUAAGGAAAGUCAUGAAACUAAUAAAGUAUUCCUAAAUGGUGCGAAAAAUUUUACUUGUAAUAGUAUGAUAAAAACAUGCUAAUCCAAGCUAACCCGUUCGUUAGGAAACAGAUUUCCUGUUGAACAUGGCAACCGAACUCCACGAAACCAUAUUUGUGGCCAAACAAGAGCGUCACAAAAACCUGUUCCUGAACUACAAGAACCUGAACAUCUUCCCGGUGGAGCUGCUGAAGGAUGAAGGGCUGCUGUUUCUGGAGAGACUCUACAUGAAGAGGAACUCCCUCACCUGUCUGCCGGACAAUCUGGCUCAGAAACUCCCAAAUCUCAUUGAGCUGUACCUGCACUCCAACAACAUAGUUAUUAUACCUGAAGCUAUAGGAAACCUGGCCCGGCUGCAGUCGCUGGACCUGAGCGAUAACGCCCUGCAGCUGCUCUGUCCAGACAUCGGCCGACUGAGGGCCCUGCGGCACCUGAGACUCUCCAACAACCGCUUGAACUACCUUCCGCCAGAGAUCGGCGAUCUGCAGGAGUUGGAGACGCUGGAUGUGGCCAUGAACCAGCUGAUGUCCCUGCCAGAUCGCCUGCACCGCUGCGUCUCCCUGCAGAACCUGACCGCCGACCACAACCUGCUGGGCCGCGUGCCCCGCCAGCUCUGCUGGCUUCCCCGCCUCAACCAGCUCUCCAUGGCGGCCAACCAGCUGACCUUCCUGCCGCUCGACCUGGGCCGGUCCAGAGAGCUGCAGUUUGUGUUUGUGGACAACAACGUGGAGCUGGAAGGCCUUCCCUCCUAUCUGUAUAACAAGGUCAUCGGCUGCAGCGGGUGUGGUUUGUCACUCGGGGGAAUGGAGGGGGCAGCGGGUGAGGCGUCGGGUGAGGCGUCGGGUGAGGCGUCGGGUGAGGCGCUGAUGGGUCUCCCAGCUGAGGUAAAGGUGAUCGGCUCAAAGGCGGACGGCGUGGUUCCUCUGGAGGAGCUGGCCAUGAGGACGCUGCACCGUUUCUACCGCCACUGGCCUGCGGGUGAGGAUGGCCUGGGCUUGCUGCCGCCCAUCGCCCUCCCAAAGAGCUUGUUGGACCUGCUGCAGUUCCCGGUGGGUCACUGCCAUCGCUGCAGCCAAGCCAUGUUCACCAUCAUCUACCCCAAGCGGUUCCCCCUCCGGGACACCGCCCUGGCAGGCGUGCACCGCAGGACGACCGUGAGCUUUGUGGCCUACUGCUGCUCCAGCCGCUGCCUCCAGAACUUUGACCUCCAGGGCUGACGGGUUCCCUGAACGGACCGCAGGAGAUCUGAAAUCCGCUCGGACUCGCUACCCGAAUCAAGCCUGCGAGAGCCCGAUAACCCCAUGUGUGUUUGCUGCGUACAAACUAAACGGCGAGCAGAGCGAGCGGCGUUCUGUCCCUAACCGAGCUGCUGAGGUAACACAGGUGGGCCUUACUCCCAAAGCAAGCACUUUACCAGAAAACCUUUCUGUGGGACGUUGGAGACACUUUCUUACUGAGGCUUCUUGGAGCAAAGACAUUUGAUUGAUGGAAGGAAACCUCUGGAGAUUCGACGAAGUCUGUUUUAUAUGGUGCAUUCCCGACGUCCCAGCGUGGGACGUCCAGAUGUGAAGCUCCUCCCGUUUCCCGGCAAAAGCUGCUUUAGCUCCGGCUGCUGACAGCCGGAAACACCCGGGGAGGUCCAACCUCUCUGAGACCAGGUCUCCAUGAACGUUUGCUUGUUGGUGUUUCUUAUACUCAUGUUUGUUUGACAGUAAACAUUAACUGGCUGAGUUUAAGGUGGACUUUUUUGGCUUUUUAGAGGUCAUCACGUUUCCGUUGCAGCAUCAGUGAUGUGAUCUGACUGAAGGAAGGUCCAAAGCAGGAGAACUUUCGACCUUCUGAGA